CUUUCUUUCAGGAUCCGUGUGGUUUCUGGUUUCCGCUGCCGUCCGCGAGGGCGAGCGAGAAGGAGUGGGAAGGCAAGCAGAAGAAACAAGAAAACCCUAGCUUUUAUCGCUUUACCGCUCGAGAUCUUCGAUUCCUUGUUCUUUGGAAGCCUCGAUCCGAUAUAGAUCUAUCAUCAUCACCAUCACCUAUCUUUAGCAUCGUGAGGUCUGGAUCUGUCCGUUGCUCACCACUUCAUCAAGUUUUUGAGAAACUAAUUUGUUGGAUCUAGCUCCAGUUAUAGCAAGUAAUGUUUUAAUUAACUUGUUCAACCGGAAAAUUUCACUGCCUGGGUGUCUUUCUUGAUACCAGUUUCUGCUUGUCAUAGUCUGAUGCCGAACCUAAGACUCUACUAAGUAGUAACUCCUCGAAGUUUUUGGUAAAUGGAUCAUUGUGAUACAUCAGGAUUUGUCAGUGGAGGUUGCAAUGACCUUUUCAGAGAUCAUGAAUACUUGUUCUGAUUCUUAAUCUCAAUCAGCCCCGGAAGUUAGGCAACUGUUUAUUUUCCUGUCAACAUAUAUUGUUGAGGUUGUGAUCUUUUCUGCCAAUUGCUGUUAUGGAUGAUAGGCUUCGGCUUUUCAGACUUGGUUUGAAUGUCUCACCUGGAAAUGCUUUUAAGAGUUUGGAUCAGUAUCACACUGAUACUAUAUUGCGGAUUGGUUCCCCUUGCCCCUCUGGUCCUAACAAUUUGAGUUUGAAAGGGAUAAAGAGGAAGUGGUGUGAUGUUGAUGGAACUGGUACAGAAAAUGCUUCAUUAGUCUUAGGUUUAGGCCGACCAUCAAGUUCUUCAGAUAGCAGCAAGAAGAGCUCUGCAACAGCUUGCACCAUGUCUUCAGCCAAGGAAACUGAUGAUGGGUCCUCCAUGGAUCUUGGACUAAAUUUUGAUCUUAAUCUUGGCAAUGAAAACACAGAAAGUGCGAAGAAAUCUGCUGUUUCUGUUCCAAAGAUGAUGAACGCUGAGCCUAACUUUGAUCUUCAGUUAAGUUUAUCAGUAGGCCCAUCUGAAUCUGUUAUUACUGGUGUAGUUCCAGACUCGGUUCAUCAUUAUUUUCGUUUGGACAAACCAGUAACUGUUAGUCAAGUGCCAGCAGUUGACGAAGGAUCAGUUGAUAAAGGAUCAACAUCAUCACGCCAGAAGCAUGGGAAUAAAUUACUGCCACACUUAACUAUCACUGACACAGUGGGAAGUUCUUUCUCCAAUUCAAUGAUUUAUGCCAGAUCUCCUGGACAGCCAGAUUCCUCUUCCUCAACCAUGAUGCACAUGCUGAAAAGUUCAGUUGCCACUUCCGGGAUUACUCAAGCACAACAAUGCAAUAGUAACACAAAAAAUUGUCAGUUUCCUGGAUGUGCAAAAGGAGCCAGAGGUGCUUCCGGACUAUGUAUAGCUCAUGGUGGUGGCCGGAGGUGCCAGAAAGAAGGUUGCCACAAGGGAGCUGAGGGCAGGACCAUCUUCUGCAAAGCUCAUGGAGGUGGCAGGCGAUGCCAGUAUCUUGGCUGCACCAAGAGUGCUGAAGGUCGCACUGACUUGUGCAUCGCUCAUGGUGGUGGUCGUCGUUGCAGCCAUGAAGACUGCACUAGGGCAGCAAGGGGAAAAUCUGGUCUUUGUAUAAGACAUGGUGGUGGCAAGAGAUGCCAAAAGGAGAAUUGUACCAAGAGUGCAGAAGGCCGUUCUGGCUUAUGCAUUUCCCAUGGGGGUGGCCGACGUUGCAGACAUCCUAAAUGUACAAAGGGUGCACAGGGCAGCACAAAUUUCUGCAAGGCACAUGGUGGGGGUAAGAGGUGCACAUACAUGGGUUGCACAAAGGGGGCUGAAGGAAGCACAACCUUCUGCAAGGCACAUGGUGGAGGGAAGCGUUGCGCAUUUCAAGGUGGUUGCACAAAGAGCGUGCAUGGUGGUACCCUUUUCUGUGUAGCUCACGGUGGUGGGAAAAGGUGUGCUGCACCAGAGUGCACUAAAAGUGCUAGAGGAAAGACAGAUUUCUGUGUUCGUCAUGGUGGUGGAAAGAGGUGCAAGGUUGAAGGUUGUGGUAAGAGCGCUCAGGGUAGUACUGACUUCUGCAAGGCUCAUGGGGGUGGUAAGCGUUGCUUUUGGGGCCAACCUGGUUCCAAUCUCGGUAAUGGUGGCCCUCCUUGUGACCGUUUUGCUAGGGGGAAGAAAGGCCUCUGUGCUGCACACACUGCACUGGUGGAAGAUCAUUGUGUACAUGGUGGGCAUCAACUGAUGGCUGCAACUUCAGAGAAUGGAACACUCAGCAAGCAUGAGAAGAUGAAAGAGAUUAUUGAUCUAGAGGGUCUCCUGGAGAUGAAAAAUGGGAAGAGCACCCUCUUUAGCUUUGGUGGGUGUGAUCAGAAGGAACAUAUGCAUACUACAAACCCUCUUAAUUCUAGGAUGUCUUCUGUUCCAGAAGGUAGGGUGCAUGGCGGGAGUCUCAUCGCAAUGCUGGCCACCGGUGCAAGUCUCGGUGGCGAUUCUACAAGCCAAGUUGAUGGUGGUAAUUCCAAACAGGGGAACCGUGUUUGAAGUCCAAAAUACCGGUCCCCUAUGUUUGUUCCCUGUGUGACCUGAUUUAUCUGCGGCACUUCGUCAGCACACAUCAUUGGUGAUUUAGCUGUUGGGUAGAAACAUGCCUGUAAUUCAACUGAUCCAAAUAAGGGGUAAUUGUUCGCCUUGUGGGAGCCAAUCCUUGCUGUAGGUUCUUCCCCCUUAAUCUACAUAAUAGACAAUGAGUUGUUCUGUUAGCAUGUGGUGUUGGUGUAAAUGUAAGCGCGAUAGUUCGUGUGGUCUUUUUUCUCUCUUCUUUUAGGUCUGAUGUAAUUUGUUGUUGCUAGCGAAAAAUGUACAGAUGUACAGUUCUUAGGCUUAUCAUGUAAUCUGGAUUUCUACAUAACAAGGUCCCUUGUAGAGUUUUGGACCAUAUGACGUACUGCUCUUUAGGAUUCAUGUUUGUUUGCUCUUUAA